CCUCCUUCGUGGUUUAUUCCGGUAACAUGGCGGCGCACAGAGGACGACAGGGAACGACGUUGUGGGAUUAAAAAAAAUGGUGGAAUUUUUGUUUUGUACAACUCUGAGCUUGUGAAUCUUUUAAAAAUAAAAUGCUAGUGGCGUUGUAUUUGCGGCGAGCUCUGUGCCACGAGACCCUGGGGUCGGCGUUGAGGAGCCACAGAGGCUACAGCAAGCUUCAGCCUUCAGCCAGUCAGUCAGAGCGACUGCGACUCUUUGAGGCCUUCUCGAAAAGACCAGACCUGAAAGGGGCGGAGCCUGGGCGAGAGCUGAGCGUCCGAUUGGCUGAUGGGCGAAUGGUGAAAGGAGUUUCAGGGGUCACGACCCCGUUACAGAUCGCGCAGGACACACGGGUUAGAGGAGCCGUGGUGAGCAGAGUGAGUGGUGCAUUGUGGGAGUUAUCUCGCCCUCUAGAGGUCGACUGUGAGCUGCAGCUGCUCGGCUACGACUCCUUGGAGGGAAGACAGGUGGUGUGGAGGACAGGUGCGUGUGUGUUAGCAAGUGUGAUGGAAACACAGCUUGGUGCUCAGGUGUGUCGUGAAGGCGUCUCAGACACCGGACUCUACUGUGACUACAGACUGGACCACAGCUCGGUGUGUUUAGACGAGGUGGAGCGGAGGUGUGAGGAGGCGGCGGCGUUAAAACUCCCCAUCGCUACGACACAACUCUGCGCGCACCAACUCCAGCAGCUCUUCCAGGACGACGAGGUGAGGCUGCGGUGUGCCGAGGAGGCGCUGAUGCUUGGAGACACGGUCAGCGUGUACAGGUGUGGCGUGUGUGUAGGUGUGAGUUCCGGUCCACUUCUCCCUCACACAGGCUUCCUGCGCUGCUUUAAGAUGUUACAGGUUUCUCCCGUGACUUUGUCGUCUGAUUCCGACGUGACGGGGGUGCAGAGGAUUCUGGGAGUUUCAUUUCCAGGGGCAAGAGAGCGGGAGCGUUGGGAGCACGAGCAGGAGGAGGCAAAGAAACGCGACCAUCGACGCAUCGGCAAGGAGCAGGAGCUGUUCUUCUUUAACGAUGUCAGUCCAGGAAGCUGCUUCUUCCUACCUAAAGGAGCUCAUAUUUACAACACGCUCACGGAUUUUAUAAAGAGCGAGUACAGGCAGCGGGGCUUCAGUGAGGUUGUGACCCCAACCCUGUACAGCACGUCGUUAUGGCAACGCUCAGGACACUGGGAACACUACAGCGAGAACAUGUUCACGGUGACGUGCGAGCCUCACACCUUCGCCCUCAAGCCCAUGAACUGCCCCGCCCACUGUGUGAUGUAUGAGCAGAGAGUGAGGUCAUGGCGUGAGCUGCCCCUCCGAUGGGCCGACUUUGGAGCGCUGCACCGCAACGAGCACUCGGGGGCACUAGGGGGCCUAACUAGGGUACGACGCUUCUGUCAGGAUGACGCACACAUCUUCUGCACACCUGAGCAGUUAGAGGAGGAGAUGACGGCGUGUUUGGACUUUGUGAGGAGCGUGUAUCGUGUGUUCGGUUUCACAUUCCACUGCUUGCUCUCCACUCGCCCCGCCCAGUUUCUGGGAGACUCCGCCCUCUGGGACACCGCAGAACAGCAGUUAGAGAAGAGUCUGCAGUUGUUUGGAGAGCACUGGGAGCUCAAUCCGGGCGACGGUGCUUUUUACGGUCCAAAGAUCGAUAUACAGAUCCGAGAUGCGAUUGGCCGACAGCACCAGUGUGCCACCAUCCAGCUGGACUUCCAGCUUCCAAUCAGAUUUGACCUGGAAUAUGUAGGAGCGGAUGGACAGACUCACAGACCCGUGAUGGUGCAUCGUGCGGUUUUGGGCUCACUGGAGAGAAUGAUUGCCAUUCUGGCUGAGAACUUUGGCGGCAAGUGGCCGUUCUGGCUGUCCCCAGUGCAGGUGAUGGUUUUGCCAGUAGGGGAUGACAGAGAGCAGUUUGCCCGGGAUGUGGUCCGGAGAUUAAAGGAGGCAGGAUUUAUGGCUGACCUUGACGAUGACCAUGGUUCCACCUUAAAUAAGAAGAUUCGCUUAGCACAGCUUUCCCAGUAUAACUAUAUAUUUGUGAUAGGAGAGAAGGAGCGACAGAGCGGGACAGUCAGCGUGAGGACGAGAGGAGGGAAACAGCUGGGGCAGAGGUCACUGGAGGAAGUGAUGACAUCACUGACGGAGCUCCGAGAGACUCGCAGUAACCGGGAGCAUUUCUGAGAAAACACACCUGUGUUACAGAAGAAAGAAAACUCACCUGAACAGAGUGUGUGUGUGUGUGUGUGUGUGUGUGUGUGUGUGUGUGUGUGAGAGAGUCAGAGAUCCUGUCGUCCUUGCUUGUGUGAUAUUUAUAAUAAAAUGA